AUGGGUGUUACUGGCCUCUGGACGGUUGUCAAACCCUGUGCUAGGCCGAUCAAGAUAGAAACCUUGAAUCGAAAGCGACUUGCUGUUGAUGCAUCAAUAUGGAUAUACCAAUUUCUUAAGGCAGUUCGUGAUAAGGAAGGAAACGCGCUUCGAAACGCGCAUAUUGUCGGCUUCUUCCAGCGAAUCUGCAAGCUACUCUAUUUUGGUAUCAAACCUGUCUUCGUCUUUGACGGGGGUGCGCCGACUCUCAAGCGACAGACGAUUAUGUCUCGGAAACAAAGACGAGAAGGAAAAAGGGAAAAUGCGGCCAGAACUGCUGGAAAAAUUUUGGCCGUUCAAAUCCAGAGAAAAGCUGAGGAAGAGAUAGAAACACAAAGACGCAUGAGAGCGAACAAUCUUGAACCUGAAGAACCACUCCCGGACCAUUUCGUGUAUGUGGACGAGCUGAAUAUGACACCCGAAGAACGACAGAAAAACAGGCAGUUUCGCAAGCAGGAUGCUUAUCAUCUUCCCGAAUUGGAUGUUUCUCUUGCUGAGAUGGGUGCUCCCAACGAUCCUCGUAUAAUGUCACAUGAAGAACUCGAGGAGUAUGCACGUCAGUUCCAUUCGGGGGAAGAUAUUAGCCUUUACGACUUUUCGAAGAUCGACUUUAACAGUCCUUUUUUUGUCAAUUUGCCUCCCAGUGAUCGCUAUAACAUUUUGAAUGCAGCUAGGUUAAGAAGUAGGCUUCGAAUGGGCUAUUCGAAGGAACAGUUGGACAAUAUGUUUCCGGAUCGGAUGGCUUUCUCCAGGUUCCAAAUUGAACGCGUGAAGGAGCGAAAUGAUCUAACGCAGAGAUUGAUGCACCUUAGCGGUAUGACUGAUGAUGACUCUUUAUAUGAGAUAGGCGGUAACUCUAGAAUUGCUGGUGAGAGAGGCAAGGAGUAUGUUCUUGUGAAAAACAGUGGAGUAGAAGGAGGCUGGGCAUUGGGAGUAUUGGGAAACAAGGACGAAGGUCAACGUAACAAACCAAUUGAUGUUGAGGAGUAUGGAGAACACCUGCUCUCCGAUGACCACAAUGCCUUGGAAAAUGAGGAUGAGGACUUUGAGGAUGUUCCUAUUGAGGGGCUUAACAGGAUGCCUAAGUUACCAGUAUUUGAUAGAGGCGUCUUCGAUAAGAAAUUUGGCGAGCAUUCCAGGAAAGUCACCGAUCACCGAACGAAAGAAGUAGUUGACAAAUCCCUCGACCAGACGAAUUCAGGAAAGGAUUCACUUUUUGUUCUAGAAGAACCUUCUCGAAGCACAAUUGAUCAUGGUACCCUUCAUAAAUACUCGAGAUUCCAAGAUACCUCUGACAACGACGAUCUCCUCCGCGCAAUACAAAUGUCCCUGGAAACAGGCAACGACCAAGCCGUUCUUCAAUUAGAUGUGUCAUCGUCGUCUGAUAAAAAUCAGGAAAUUAGCAGGGUUGCGAUUGGCGAGGAGGAUGUUUCCGAUAUAGCCGAUGACGAGGACAUGAAUUUCUUUGCUGCGUUGUCUAAGUCUAAAGCAAUGAAUAUCAAGCCCAAUGCUUCGAUUUCGAAUCCUUUCGACGGACCACUACCUUUUGAACCUUUGAAAAUUCGCAAGCCAACCUCUUGGGACAAGGUUAUCAACGUAGCUGGGCCCUCAGAGGAACCCACAUCGAAUGGCCAGAGGAUACCACAGGCUCUCCCGCCAUGGUUCGACGUGAAACUCACAGAGAAAACACUUCUAAACCAAGACCCCGGCAAUGAGGUUGAUGGGGUUGAUCCAACUAGUGAUGCAAGACGAUGUGAUAAUACUCCUAAGGAGGGCGAAAUGAUCAACUUUGACGUGGGUGUUGCUCGGGGAAUUGAGAUAAACGAGCUUGAAACUACAGGCAGAGAUAACCAAGCGCACCGCGUUCCGAUUCAGUCAAAUGCUUCCAAUUGCAGAACCUGCCAUCCACCAGUCUCUAGCCGCGAACCACUUGCAAACACGUUUUCAUCAACCCAGGAGCAUACGGAACCAGAGGGUACAGCUGAACAAGGGGCUGAUAAUCGCGGCUCCGUCGAGAAUAAUGGGGAAGCUUACGAGUGGGAACCCACAUACCACAAGGGCGUACAGAACGAGAAAUCCAAUUCCAAAAUGAAAACACAAGAAGCAAUUUUACCUCCAAGCCCAGAUUUUGAGGAUGCCAAAAUCUACUGCCCUUCUGAAGCACUACAGACAGCACCUCAUAUGUACAAUUCCUCAGAUGACACAUCCCGACACAACAAUUUUACGCAUUAUGACCACGAUAGUGAUGACUUUUCAGAUCCUGAGGAUGACGAAUUAAUACACCAACUUCAGAAAGAAGCUGAAGAGCAUGCGCGAUUUGCAUCAACUCUCAACUCGAAAAGUCAGGCUGAAAAUGCAUUCAAUUAUGAGCAGGAAUUGAAACAGCUUCGUUCCCAGCAAAAGAAAGCUCGGCGAGACGCCGAUGAAGUUUCACAUAUUAUGAUUUCAGAAUGUCAAGAAUUGCUCAGACUUUUCGGCCUUCCUUACAUCACUGCUCCAAUGGAGGCUGAAGCGCAAUGCGCGGAAUUGUUGUCCUUGGGAUUGGUGGAUGGCGUCGUGACUGACGAUAGCGAUAUUUUCCUCUUUGGUGGCACUCGUGUUUACAAGAACAUGUUCAACCAAGCCAAGUUUGUGGAAUGUUAUAUUAGCAACGACCUUGAAAAGGAAUACAAUCUGGAUCGAAAUAAGCUUAUUCAGUUUGCUCAUCUGCUGGGCAGUGACUAUACUGAAGGGAUACCUGGAGUGGGUCCUGUUAGCGCCCUGGAAAUCCUCACUGAAUUUCCAACGUUGGAAGAUUUUAGGGAUUGGUGGUCUCAAGUGCAAAUGGGGGCCAAACUCCCGGAAGACAGCCACUCCAUUUUUCGAAAAAAAUUCAAGAAGAAUGUCACGAAGUUAUUUUUACCUCCGGGGUUUCCGGACAAACGCGUCGAUACUGCAUAUCUCGAACCUAAGGUAGAUUCCGAUCCUUCAGCCUUCCAAUGGGGCGUACCUGAUCUUAAUGCUCUACGCCAGUUCCUAAUGUCCACUAUUGGAUGGAGCCAAGAGAGGACCGAUGAGGUGCUUGUUCCUGUUAUUCGUGAUAUGAACCGCAGAGAACAGGAGGGAACUCAAUCGAAUAUCACCAACUUCUUUCAAGGGCCUCAGGGAGCGGGUGCGUUUGCUCCACAUCGACGUCCUGAUGGGAAGAGCAGGAUGGAGAAGGCGUUCAGUCGGUUAAGACACCAGGCUCAAACGAAGCAGCGGGGCAGUGGGCCCGUUCCGGAUGAAGAUAAAGCGCCCAAUCCCUCUGGUUCCAAGCCUUCAACGAAUCGCAAGUCCGGCAAAAGAUCUCCAGAUAAUGGUUACCCUACAUCGAAUGAUCGUGAAAUUACAGGAGAUAAUAAAAGUGACACAGCCCACAAAACGUCAAAGAAGCAAAAAACAACGAAACGACAACGAUGA